GCUGGGGUCGGGGCGCGCCUGUUCGGCUUCCGCUAUCGCUCUGCCAGCCGCCGAUGUGGAGGCGCCUCUGAGCGUGUGCAGAGUGUCCUCCGCCAGGCCCCGGGAUGGCUGCAGAGGAGCUGGAGGCGGUGCUGAGCGGCGGGGGCUGGCCGGUGCCCGGCGGGGGCUGCUGCGACUCGGGCCCUCCGGAGCCGCCCGAGCCGGCGCGCCUGCGGAGGAACACCUGCUACAUCGUGCUGGCCGUGCUGCUCAACGAAAAGAACGAAGUGCUGGUGAUGCAGGAAGCCAAGCGCGAGUGCUACGGGACGUGGUACCUGCCGGCCGGCCGGAUGGAGCCGCAGGAGACCAUCGUGGAGGCCAUGCAGCGGGAGGUGCAAGAGGAGACGGGCCUGCAGUGCCAGCCCCGCACGCUGCUGGCCGUGGAGGAGCGAGGCCCCGGCUGGAUCCGCUUCGUCUUCCUCGCCCGACACACCGGUGGCACCUUGAAGACCUUGCAGGAGGCCGAUGCGGAAUCCCUGCAGGCCCAGUGGUGGGACAGGGAGCGGCCCAACCUCUCCCUCCGGGCGCGGGACAUCCUGCCCUUGAUGGAGCUCGCGCUGCAGUAUCAAGCCGGCCCGCCGCCUCACCCCGCCACCUUGCCCGCCGAGCUGCCUUGUGCAUUCAUCUGCCAGCGGCUCCUGCUGGUCUUUGUGGGCGCCAGUGAUGCCUUGUGGGUGCUUCUGGCAACGGCCGGAGUUCUGCACCUCCCCGUGGCAGUGAGCAGCACCGCAGAGCUGGGCAGCACCUUGCUGGUGGCUGUGCGUCAGCUGCUCCGGAAAUGCCUGCCUCAGUCCCAGGCAGCCAUCCACAUCCGAGGCCUGCUGGGGCUACAGCACCUGGGCAAGGAGUCGGGGCAAAAUGAUGGCAUCUGCUUCAAUGUGGUGUCAACGAUGGGGGACCCGGGCCAGCCACCGAAGGAGGCGCCCCCAGAAUUGCAGAGCAAGGACUUCAUCUGGUGGGAAGUUGGGGAUGAGGCGCUGCGGAGCAAGGUUCUCCAGAGGUUCCACACGUCAUCCUUUAUCCCCAUUCACAGCUAGGCACCCUCAAGCCAGGGGGGGGGGGAGCACUUAAGGGGUGGUGGUGGUAUUGCUUAGCUAACCUGGUUUGGGAAGAGGGAGAACCUGGCAGUUUAGCCAGCCGGGGUUCUCCAUAGAGGUCUUGACAGGAAUCGGAGCUUCCCGGCCCAGGUCAAAACAACCCGUCCAACCACUGCUUCAUCCCGCCCUGUGUUAAGCAGUGUGUUUCUGAAUGACACCCUAUACUUUGGGGCUGGUUUCUGCUUCAGCAUCUCUAAUGGGCCAAGCUCAGAUGUAAACCUUCCCAGCAGUGCCAGUUCACAGGCAACUGCAGCUCUCUCCUCAUUACCUCAGGAGAGACUGGAAUCAGCCCUGAGCUGCGUUCUCUGCCCUUGUCUUUUCAGCACCUGGCCAAGGCUUUUGCACCCUUCCAGGUGCUGGAUCUGCUUCCCAGUCGCAGAAGCGUGAGCUGCAGGAACAGUCCAAACCACCCCCAGGCCAGUCUCUUGCCAGUCUCAAUUUAACAGCUACUUGCACUAAAAGCUCACCAGUUAAACACCCACAGCUUAGAGGCUUAUUUCAUAUUUUUGUGGUUUCACUCUCUGCAGAAUGUGACUGCUGAGGGGGACACAGCCAGCUGCUCAAGCUUCCCCCAAAGCUGCUACUGGCCCUAUACAGUAGUGGAAGUGAGCCCAACGAUUGUAGUACAGCUUGUUUUUUAUUUCAGGCACAAGAAAGAAAUGUCACCUAUGUAAACAGUAUUAUGAAAGCAGGGAAAUCUGGAAGCAAAAUGUGGAAAUAACCUCCCCACCCACCCCCAAUGUACAGGCUGGAUAAAGGCCGGUUUUCCUGCUGUAGUGUAUUGAA